AUGGGUAAGAUUGACGGAGGCGGCAUUCAGUUCUGUGAUGGCCUGAGCAGCGAGCAGUGUCGGUUAAUUCUUAUCAACACGGAUUCAGGCGAGCACACUGUUGUGAAUGCGAGUCAACUACAAAAACCUGAGGUGGUUGACCCAACUGGAAAGAAGCCUGAGAUGGUCGGGUCCUCGUCGUCAAUGGCAGCAGAUAAUGAUAAUGUGAUGAUGGUGGUGGAGCAUGAAGAAGAGGAUGAGCAAGCACCUCCAAUAGGGUUGGGAGAGUGUCGUAUUUGCCAAGAAGAGGAUUCUUUCAACAACUUGGAGAGUCCUUGUGCUUGCAGUGGAAGUCUUAAGCUAAAAUAA